AGUUCAAGCCGAAAGCGCCCUUAAAAAUCAUCUAGCGGCCGGGCGCGGUGGCUCACGCCUGUAGCCCCAGCACUUUGGGAGACAGAAGUGGGAGGAUGGCUUGAGAUCAGGAGUUCGAGACCAGCCUGGGCAACAUAGCGAGACUCUAUUUAAAAAAAAAGAAGAAGAAAAAGAAAGAAAGAAAACAAAAGAAAGAAAUCAUCUAGUGGCCAAUGUCUUCAUUAUAGAUGAGAAAACUGAGGCCCAUUUAAAUACCAAGUGACUUGCCCAUAUGCAGUUAGGAUCCCACACCAGGGCCAGGAGUAUUUCACGUUUUCUUAAACGACACGACAAACUCUCAUAGAAAGCAGAGCUUGCAGAGCUUAAUGUGGUGCACAAGGGCCUCACCACUCCAGAGAUACCGAUGGCAACUGAAACUCGGGAUUUGGAAUCUUGGUACCGCUAUGAAGUGAAACAAAACCAGCUCUUCAGUCCUUGAAAUGAAGAAAAUAACGAGUGGGAUAGAGGUCUGGUGCCCUCUGACAAUUUACUGCUUGCCGAAAUCUCUGGGGAAGAACCCACCCUCCACGGCGGGGCUUCACGGACACGAAAGCCGUCGGUGUUUUUCACCUACUGGGGAGGAGGGAUAUGUGCUCUCUGACUCCUUCAAAUGUUUCCUAAGGCAGAGAUGGCAGUCGAGAUUAAUACACACGCUUCGUCUCACUCCAGAACACAAUGACUCAAAACCGCACGACGUGUACUUUUGGAAACAGCUCCGCGGGAGAGCACCCGGGACAAUCCCCAAACCCCGUUGCCCGCGGGGUGGGGCCGCGGACGUGCGUCACGUCGUGUGCGCCCCGGGCGUGCGUGCGGCCUGCAGUACGCGUGCGCGUGCCCUCCGGGGGCGUGCUCGCGGCUAUAAGGGGCGGAGGCUGGGUGGCCUUGCUCCGCGCUCUGCGGCCGACGGCGCUUUUGUCUCCUGUGAGUUUUGUGGCGGGAAGCUUCUGCGCUGGUGCUUAGUAACCGACUUUCCUCCCGACACCUGGACGACCUGCUCUUACAGCCGGCGAUCCACUCCCGGCUCUUCCCCCGGAGGGUCCAGAGGCCUUUCAGAAGAAGGCAGCUCUGUUUCUCUGCAGAGGAGUAGGGUCCUUUCAGCCAUGAAGCAUGUGUUGAACCUCUACCUGUUAGGUGUGGUGCUGACCCUACUCUCCAUCUUCGUUAGAGUGAUGGAGUCCCUAGAGGGCUUACUAGAGAGCCCAUCACCUGGGACCUCCUGGACCACCAGAAGCCAACUAACCAACACAGAGCCCACCAAGGGCCUUCCAGACCAUCCAUCCAGAGGCAUGUGAUAAGAUCUCCUUCCGUACUGGCCAUAUUUUGGAACACUGACCUACCCAUGUCCAAAUGGGAGUCCCAUUCCUAGCAGACAAGCUGAGCACCAGUGUAACCAGAGAACUAUUACUAGGCCUUGAAGAAUCUGUCUAACUGGAUGUUCAUUGCCUGGGCAAGGCCUGUUUAGGCCGGUCGCGGUGGCUCAUGCCUGUAAUCCUAGCACUUUGGGAGGCUGAGGUGGGUGGAUCACCUGAGGUCAGGAGUUCAAGACCAGCCUCGCCAACAUGGCAAAACCCCAUAUCUACUAAAAAUACAAAAGUUAGCUGGGCGUGGUGGCAGAGGCCUGUAAUCCCAGCUACUUGGGAGGCUGAGGCAGGAGAAUUGCUUGAACCCGGGGAUGGAGGUUGCAGUGAGCCGAGCUUGCACUGCUGUACCCAGCCUGGGCCACAGAGCAAGACUCCAUCUCAAAAAAAAAAAAAAAAAGAAAAAGAAAAAGCCUGUUUAAUGCACAGGUGUGAGUGGAUUGCUUAUGGCUAUGAGAUAGGUUGAUCUCGCCCUUACCCCAGGGUCUGGUGUAUGCUGUGCUUUCCUCAGCAGUUUGUCUCUGACAUCUCUUAGAUGUCCCAACUUCAGCUGUUGGGAGAUGGUGAUGUUUUCAACCCUACUUCCUAAACAUCUGUCUGGGGUUCCUUUAGUCUUGAAUGUCUUAUGCUCAAUUAUUUGGUGUUCAGCCUCUCUUCCACGAGAGCUCCUCCAUGUUUGGAUAGCAGUUGAAGAGGUGUGUGGGUGGGCUGUUGGGAGGGAGAGGAUGGAGUGUUCAGUGCCCAUUUCUCAUUUUACAUUUUAAAGUCCUUCCUCCAACAUAGUGUGUAUUGGUCUGAAGGGGGUGAUGGGAUGCCAAAGCCUGCUCAAGUUAUGGACAUUGUGGCCACCAUGUGGCUUAAAUGAUAUUUUCUAAUUAAUAAAGUGGAAUAUAUAUUUCUA